AUUAAUUAACAACUAUAAUUGACAAGUACAAUUAUUACAAGCUUUUUUUUUAUUCAUUAAUAUUAUGGUCAUGGUUUCAUUCAACGUUAUUAUUUGUGGUGGUGGUUUAGGUGGUCUUGCCUGUGCCAUUGGUUUAAAGAAGAAGGGACAUAAUGUCACUGUUCUUGAAGCCUCUUCUACUUUAAGUGAAGUCGGUGCUGGUAUCCAAGUUCCACCAAACUCAGUAAAGAUCCUUAAGGAAUAUGGUAUCUUUGACAAAUUUGAAAAACUUGUCACUAGACCAAAGAACAUUAUCUUGAGAAGAUACGAUACUGGUGCUCCACUUUCUACCACUCCAUUGGACCCAGACAUGACUGAAACUUACGGUAACCCAUACUUGUUGAUUCACCGUGCUGAUUACCAAAGAUUCUUACUUGAAGCUGCUACUGAAUUAGGUAUUACUUACAAGACUGGUUGCAGAGUCAAGGAAGUUGACCCAGAAACCGCUACCGUUCACUUAGAAAGUGGUGAAAGUUACACUGGUGAUGUGGUUGUUGGUGCUGAUGGUAUCAGAUCUAAGGUCAGAGACACCGCUGUUGUUACUGAAGAAGUUGUUUCUCCAUUACCUUCUUCUAACUGUGCUUUCAGAGCUACUGUUCCAAAGGAAGAAAUGCUUUCUGACCCAGUUAUUGCUCACUUAAUGACUGAUGUCAACUCUAAUUGUUGGAUCGGUUACAGAAGACACGUUAUGGCUUACCCAAUCAGAAACGGUGAAAUGUACAACAUUGUCAUGUCUCACCCAGGUCAAGCUUCUGUUGGUAAGUGGAACGAACCAGGAGAUGUCAAUGAAAUGAGAAAUCACUACAAGACCUUCGACCCAGUUGUCCGUCAAUUAUUGACCCACGUCAAGAGUGUCUUGAAAUGGGUUUUAGCUGAUUUACCAAAGUUACCAAGAUGGGUUUCCAAGAGUGGUAAGGUUGUCUUGAUUGGUGAUGCUGCACAUGCUAUGUUGCCAUACUUGGCCCAAGGUGCCGCCCAAGCUAUUGAAGAUGGUGCUACUUUAGCUGAAGAAUUAGACAAAAUUACCAGUGUCUCUGAAAUUCCAACCGCUCUUCUUAGCUACCAAAAAUUGAGAAAGAGAAGACCAGAAACCAUUCAAGCUGGUGCUAGAAAGAACGGUGACAUCUGGCACUUACCAGAUGGUGAAGAACAAGAAGAAAGAGAUGCUCUUAUGAAUGCUAGAGAUGGUCACAACCCAGAUCAAUGGUCUGACAGAGAAUUCCAACAAUGGCUUUUCGGUUGGGAUGCUUUCACCAGUACUUAUCCAAAGGCUUAGAAUUUGUAAUUCCUAGAAGUCUAAACAUUUAGUUCUCGUCAUUCUCGUUUAUAUUAUAAAU